UCGAUCCACCCAGAUUGCAUCUGGUUCCAGAAACAGACCUCCUGUAUGUGCACAUUCAUUCAUGGAUUGCGAACAUCACAGCUAUAAAGAAGAUAGAGUACGAGAUUGAAGUUAAAAUGAAGACUGGCGUGGUAAUUUCUACAAAGAAAACAACACGCAACACUGAGAAAAUCCCUGCUCUGGAACCUGAGAAAGAAUACUGUGUUUCUGUAAUCUCAAAUAUCUGGAUUGAAAAGGAAAAAGACACACCUGAUAAGAAAUCAGAACCUGAAGAGUCCUGUACAUGGACUAAGACAGAUCAGAGGCACAUGCGGUUGGUUAUGCACGUAGCGCUAGGAUUAACCAUGACUCCGCUGCUGAUAUGUGCGCUGUUCCUCUAUUUGUGGGGAUACAAAUCGAUCUAUCGACCCAAGGCGGCCCUGCCUUUGAACCUCGUCUUCACAGCAGAGGAGCGCAAAACCUUGCAGAGCAAGUCUUACAUCGACCUGAAGAAGUACGACCCCGAUUCCAUGGGCGCUGCCCACGGAAACGAUAUCCACGCGAAGGCCAAAGCCAACCAUUACGUCAGGCUCCCGCGAAAAAUGCUGCUGUCAGAGGCCUCAAUCGUAAGCGACACUGACGUGUGUCCUGUGGAGUUCCUGAACCCGCCUAUUCUGCCGGAAGACGUGUGCCACACACAACAAUAUGCCCCUCAGUCCUGGGAAGACCCUCAGCCUGAACCAUCUUAUGGAACAGUGCAGUGUGGUCCCAGAUAUCAGAACACAGGUUGCUCCGGUGUAGACACGCCCCAUGACUACCGAAACAUGCCGAACGUGCACCAGCUCUCUGCUGCCGGUGUUGACCUAAAUACUGACUGCAAGUUGGCCUUAGGCCAUGAACCACUUUACACCAAUGCAGUGCACCGUUCUGAAUGAGCUCCAUCAUCCUGCAAUUUCUGUUAGUGUCGAGAGGGGGAGUUCCAUGGAUGAUUUGGGGCAACUGAAAAGGUGUUCUUACUUAUGGCAAUAUAUGUGGUACAUACUACAGUGUGUUGUGUAGGUUGUGGAGCUGGGCUUAGAACCAUAAGGCAGAAGACAUUUAAUUAUUUGAAGAGUGAACAUUUGAAGCUUUGAGCAUUUCAUUCCAUGUGAGAAGUUAUGCUCUUAACUUGAUACUUGCUUCAGUAUAUAGCCAGCUAUUUAAUUGGAUCCUGGUUGAAAUCGCUGUGAGAGAAUGUAAAAGUGUAACAUAUUGUAAAUAACUGCUCCUACUCAAAACUGAAAGCAC